AUGAAAAUAACAAUCACAGAUUUGAAAAAUUUGUGUAAAUUUAGUCUGGCAAGUGGGAAUGCAGUGAUUCCAUUUAUUUCAUUCAUGUAUUUGGGAGAUGAAAACUUAGUCUCGUUGAAGUCAUUUUCAUUGAUUUCUGGAUCACUCUUUAUGGCUAUGGCAAGCUAAGCUUUUAAUCAAGUAAUUGAAUGGAAGUAGGAUAAAAUAAUGACACGCACUUGUAAUCGUCCAAUUCCAAUCCAACGACUUACUCGUUUGUAAGGAGGUAUGAUAGGAUUUGCAUUCUAUGCAGCCUCUAAUCUCCUGAUGUAUAAUUACUUGCCAAGCAAUGCUGUGUUAAUUAACAAUUUGAUUUUCUUUUCUUACUUGGGAAUCUAUACAACUUUGAAAACAAGAUCUCCUGUCAAUACUUUAAUUGGAGCAGUGAUUGGGGCACUUCCAGUAGUUUUAGGAGCUGCUUGUGUAGAUAAUGACAGUUUGUAUAAUUUGGGAAUGUGGGGCAAUUUCGGAUUCAUGUUUUCAUGGCAAAUCAAUCAUUUCUAUGGAAUUUACUGGAAAUAUCAGAAGGAUUAUUUGAGAGCAGGAUUCAAAAUGGUAAAUGACAGUGCCGUUGCUAGCAAACACAUGAAAAUCUGUUUAGGAAUAAAUGGGUUGAGUUGGUUUGGAACUGCAUCCCAGCUUUCUUAGCCAGAAUUAAAAUUUAUCAGUUGUAUCUCAGGAUUAUUGUCAUUGUAUUUUUGGAAUUAUAGAGCAAUCAAAUUAUUUGAAGUGGAUCCUAAUAAAAAUGCAAACUAUCUUAAAUAAGCCUCCUAUUAUUUUUUUUUAGUCUACUAUACUUUAUUGUUAUUGGACAUAGGAAUUAAGAGAUAUUAACAAAAAUAAAUACAUUGA